UCAACCUUAUCUUUAUUUCUUCUAUCCAUCAUCGAGCAUUCUUAUUCUUAUUGUCCUCAGGGUUGCAGGUCCGCCGCCACCAUGAUCCAUCCCCUCCGGCUGCUCUUCCUCUCGGCCGUCUUCUCUUCAGCUGUUCGUGCCAUCCCAGCCUCACCGACCGACGAGUCGGCCACAGAAGUCGAACCUGCUGCAAAUCACCUGUCUUUCCAUGAGCUGCUUGCCUUGCUGGAUGAGUCCUCCAUUCAUGAUGCCCUGCAUCUCGUCUCGGACAAAUUUCGUCAUGGUGUCUUCCCCACCGAUACCAACGCUCUCGAGGUCCUCCACAACGAGGAACCUUCCCUGGCAACGCGUGUGCUGAGAUUCGCCAAAAGGCAGUCUGGCGAUGAAGGAAGCAACACGACCUCCGUGCCUCCGGACACAACUGUCUCUGCUGAACCCACGUCGGUCCCCGUUGGUACUCCUACCUCUUCUGACGUCCCGGACACCACCAGCGUUGUAGAUACCUCUACAUCGCCAGUCAGCGUUCCUGCUACGACGACGCACAUCACCACCUCGUCUACACAGCCUCCAGUGACAUCUUCGCUGCCUGCUACCUCUACUACUUCCGACCUGCUCACCACGACUUCCGAGACCACUAGCAGCAGCCCAGUCGCUACGACUUCGAGCGCUCCUACCACAUCUACUGCUGAGACUACCACAUCUAUCUCGACGACAAGUACCAGUGCCAGCACGAGCUCAACCUCCUCCUCCUCCUCCUCUUCUUCCUCCAGCACUGUCGCCAGUACGACCUUGAUUACCACCACUUCAUCCAGCUCCUCGUCCAAGUCCCAGCACACCACUUCCACGAGCGAAUACACUUCGACCUACGCGAUGACAACCACCAUGCCCGAUGGAAGCCUGAGCACCUACACUCGUGUUACUGUUGUGCAUCCCACCCACUCUGAAACCGCCACUGCUACCGGCACUGCUGCUCCCGGAUUGCAAACAGGCGGAGCCUCUGUUAGAACCGGUCUGACAAAGGAGAUUUCCGCUAUGCUCGGCGGAGCUGUUAUUGUGGCCAUGGCUUUGUAAUGAGUCUCGUACAGGCCAUAUUCCCUCUCUCAUCCACCUUCUUUCACUCGCUUCGAACAUUGAUCUAUUGCAUUUACAUGGAAACUGCCUUUUAAAGUUGUUUUUGGCAUUGCAUUAUUUUGUUUUGUUCCGAUCUUACGACUCUUCAAGCUGUUCUUACGAUCCUUACGAUAUUGACGGGAUACGGUCCCGCAGCAUAUUAGAUUUCUAUCGCUCCUUCCGCUUUACCGGGCCGGUGUUUUGGUUUUACUAUCUUUUCUUGGAGGCUAAUAUGUUUUUGCGAAUACACCCAUCUUAUGGUGGUGAUGAAUUGGUACAAGUUGGAAAUGACUUCCAGGGUUGGUUGUAUAGAUUUCUAUGAAAUGGAUAUGAAACAAAGAAUGCAGUCAAUCAUGCAGGUAUAUAUCAACGAAGCAACACAAUUACAGAGCCCUUCAUAUACGGGAAGAAAUAGAUAGAGACACAUGUCAAAAUGCUAGAACCAUAAAAUAAAAUCCCCCUAUAAAGAACCGCUCCACCGUUCCUCAUUCGUCCAAAACCUCACCAGACUCUCCCACCCUGCAAUAUCCCCGUCUCUUAACAGAGCAGCCACAUC